AUGACAUCGCCAACUGUUCAUCCAGAACCCUGGCCUUGGAACUCGUCGAAAGUAAAAGUGUUGUUGAAAGAUGAUGCACCAUCUGUUAGGAUUAGGAUCGAUGAAAUCGGAAGAGUCCGAGCGGCCCUCAAGCGUAGGGCGACUGGCCAAAUUAGGCUGCGCAUCAUUUCGAUCUACUCCAGUAAAACUAUAUUCCCGCUGGACGUGACGCAUGAGCUCUUAGUCGAACUAUUUGAGGCGUACAAUAUCCAUCGAGAGUUUGCAGACGUAGUAGCAUCAUUUGGCCAGGAGCCGAAUCUCGCGGAGAGAAGCAGCAAUAACUCGACGAUCGAUAUCAAGGAGACUGGUGACUGCGAUAUUUCGUAUCAAAUUCGAUACAUUGAUAACAAUCACCGUGGUGGCCAAGACCCAUGGUCAUUGAGACAUAGCGGUGUGUUUCACCAACACAGCGCCCAUGAAGCAGCAGACACUGUGGUCUUACUGCAUCCUGUACGUCAACCGUUGAUUGACAAAGCUAUCGCGGCAUUGAAGGGAGAUGCCAUUGGGCGAUCGAAAAUCUGCGAAAAUCCAUUCCUGCUGCACACUUUGAUGUUUGCGCAGUACUUCGCAAAUUGGCGCUGGUAUCUUCGAUAUGUCGGCGAAAGAUUUGCAUACGAGAACAACAUAGCUAUGGUUGAGCAGCCCGAGGAUGCAAACCCUCAAUCAAGCUUUAGAAGAGUACAGGGCCUGAGAAACACGAUGGAUCUCGUCCUGUCGACGCAUGCUUGCUGUUCCGGCAAUCUCGACUUGAUCCAACGUUUAUCUAGAUGCUCGCAGCCAGCAAUACAACGACUCCAAAGUUUAGAGUCGGCCGAAUGUAGGAUGAAAGGAUAUAUCGAAAGUGCAGAUGUUCUAAAAGGUCGGGUGCAGAACCUCAUAGACCUGAUUGGCUACACCCUCACGUUGCACAACCAAAUGGAAGCCGCAAAAAUAGAUAAUGAGCUGCGGAGCCUGACUGAACAAUUGAAAAAUCUCACAGAAGACACGGUAGAUGACAGCGCAACUGUGAAGAUAAUCACACUCGUCUCCGCUGUGUAUUUGCCUGGAAGCUUCAUCGCCACCCUGUUUGGAAUGAACUUUUUCCUGUUCGAUACCGAAACUAGGAAGCUGGUAAUCUCACCAAACUUUUGGAUCUUCAUCGCCACUUGGCUUCCUUUGAUCUUCCUUACUGGAGCUGUAUAUGUACUCAUCCUUUUCAUGAAUUCAAGGUCGAAGAAAAAGCCUUUCAGCCUAUGGGGGAGGCGAUCUACCGAAUCAAUCGAUGCUCCGCGAGAAAAGGUUCACGCAUGA